CAAUCAAACACAUUCUCAUUCAAAAUUUACACACACACACCGAUUUUAGGCAUUAGUCUCUUAACCCAAACACAGUCAUCGUCGCAAAAUAGAACCAAUCAAUGUUGGCACACGUUCACAGCAGUGUCUGACACUCACAACAUCCAAUCUUUUUUGGACUGGCACCAAAAUUAUACGCAUGCAGACAGUAUGGACAUCAAGCUGAACACUCCUCAGCAAUUGGCCUAUUUGGACGAGCUGAAGCAGCGACUCCGAGAACUGCGGGCACGUCAGGAGUCCUUCAUACAGCAGACCGCAGAGAUGAUGCGGGGAAUCGAAGCGAAUGCUUCUGGCGUCAAUGUGAGGGCCAGAUCGACGCAGCCCAUUGAUGUACGCGAACUGGAGCGCAUGGGCAACAUUAAGUUGUUGAUACAACGUUUCGAGGAUCUACGGAAAACAUCCCGGCAGUUCAAUGAGUUGCCCACGCCUGAAGAACUCAUUGGAGUCGAUGUUCAGAAGCUGUUGAAGGGGUAUGAGCAGCUCAUUGAUGAGAACAAAAUGCUGCAGUGCUCGCUGUUGCUCCUGAAAAUGUCGGGUGAGAGUUGCAGUCAUGUUGGGGAAGCCCAAACGGAGGAUGAGGAAGAGGCAACGAGGCAAGAAGAAAUGCUAAAGGAGCAAAUGUUGAUGAUGGGCCUGCCCCCCAUUCAAGAGGAAGUAAGCCCAAAGCCUACACAAACCACCAUCCGUAGUCCCGACGAAACGGAAGUCACCCAAUGCGUCUCCAUAAACGAUAUUCCACAAGUGGAACGAAUGAGUUCACUAGAGGAUGUCUCUCAACUGAGCCUACAGAUGUGGCUACCACUAGAUCAGAAUCAAACGAACGUCGCAUCAGCUGCAGAACUGAAUCAUUUUGAAGAGAUAUCCUUGAAUCAGUACGAAGACCAGUCCUUGUACCAGUUAAAUAUCUUUGAGGAGCCGCAGCAAGCGGAGGCAACAGAGCUUCACUCCAAUAGCAGCAGUAAAUCCAAUUCCAGCUGCGGCACACUAGAGAGUUCAGAGGGUGCUGGCAUACCGAUCGUAAAAAAUGAGGAUAGCGAGAAGGAUUUAGUAGCAUGUAAGACGCUGAGUUCCACAUCUGGUCAGAUUAAAGCUGCGACCAGCAACAAAUACGAUGAUGAGCAGGUCGAUUGGAGCUGCAGCAAACCCGACUAUGGUAUGGCCUUUGCAUAGCAACGCCCUCAGAAUUGAAGCUCUGUCCAAUUUUUAGGCAGCACCUGCCGCUGGAGCACUGCACUCCUGCAGUUGAUGCUGCGUCUCAUCCCCUUCCAAAGCUGUUUGCGGCGUUGAAAGUCAAUUCGAACGACAACGCCAAGUCCAAAAUAUAUAUUCAAAAUGUUUGAAAUGUUCCAAAACCCCAAAGCAACACACUCACAACCACACACACCUAUCUACCUAAUGCAUCGCAUCUCAUAUCACACUCAGAAAUAGUCAAAUAAAAUGGAGCACCCAUACACAGUGUA